CCUGGUGUGACAGUGUGACGAAGCCGCUCGACAGACUCAUGAACUUUUCAAAUGCGGGCAGAAAUGCAACGACGCUCGUCGUCCGGGACACUUUACAGGCGGCCAUCAUCAAGAACGUGAUCACUGUGGUUCUCUGCAUCUCCAUCAACUACAUCAAUGGCACCCUGGUGCACACGUUCAUAAAACACCAGGUUUUCAACAUGAACCCUCGCUACAUCCUGUACAUCCAUAUGGUGAUCAACGAUAUCAUCCUCCUGACCAUGUUCACCCUCCUUCAUGUGCUGAGUUACAUCGUGUUUACUCUCAAUGUCUCCUUCUGUACAGUUCUGUUGCUUAUAAGUGUGUAUACAACCACCAACAAUCCUCUGACGCUCGCCGUCAUGGCCGUAGAGUGUUACGUCGCCAUAUGCUUCCCGCUCCAACACUCUAGGAUCUGUACAGUCAAGAAAACGUACGCUGUGAUCGGAGUGAUAUGGAUGCUGAGUUCAUUUGUAAUCUUGCCAGACUUAUUUAUCACACUGGCCACAGAAACCACGGAAUACUUUCAUUCUAGAAUUUUCUGUUUUCUAACAAACCUUUUUAGGCAUCCUUAUAUUAGAGGGAAGAGAGACAUUGUCAACCAAGUAUUUAUGGUCAGUGUUUGGAUCAUUCUAUUCUACACAUACUUCAGGAUCCUCACCACUGCAAAGGCAGCCGCUACAGACGCCAAGAAGGCGAGGAACACUGUCCUCCUCCACGGCUUCCAGCUGCUGCUUUGUAUGCUCACCUAUGUGCAUUUUUUAACCAUUGAAGGCCUGACAUCCUUGUUCCCAGAAGCAGGUCUGGCCAUUCGCUUUGCCGUCUCAAUAUUUAUUCACGUUCUUCCACGACUCAUCAGUCCGGUGGUUUACGGGCUGCGAGACAAGACUUUCAGAAAGUACCUGAAAAAUGAUCUGUUCUGUUCAACAUGUGCUGACACUCAAAAACACAAAAGACAGAAAAUAAAUCCUAAAAUGACUUUUUGAUGUCAUGUUGUAGUUGCUCCUGCUAUGCUAGCAAAUGUAUUUUGAAAAUAGAAAACAAUAUGAUUAAAUACAGGUGGAGACAUUG